AUGGAGAGUGAGGGAGGCUGCCAGGAGGCGGGGACUCUGAUGGCCACACGCCGCUGCCUCUUCCUGCUGCUCCUGUCCACGUGUGUGGCACUGUUGCUGCAGCCACCCCUGGGCGCCCAGGGGGCCCCACUGGAGCCAGUGUACCCCGGGGAUGACGCCACGCCAGAGCAGAUGGCCCAGUACGCGGCUGAGCUCCGCAGAUACAUCAACAUGCUGACCAGGCCCAGGUACGGGAAAAGGGACGAAGAAGACCCAAUGGACUUGAAGUGCGGCUCCUUACAUGCAGCUGCCCCAAGGGAGCUCAGCCCAAUAGGCGCGUAACGCCACCUCCUGCUUCUUUGACUCCAAGGGCCAUGCAGGCCCAGCUUUCCCGUCCACACCCUCGGUUCUGGCCAAGCUUGCUCCCUGCUCCCAAACAGGCUAAAUAAAGCAAGUCAAGACCAC